AUGCGUUUCCAAAAGAAGACACCUCGUAACAUUCCAGAUACUGUCAGUAUGGCUGCCGCGGUCAUGAAGGUCACUCAAAACCCAAUUCCUGAGCGGCCCGCGCCAGCCCCCAGAAGUCCCUCACCACAGAUCAUCGAGGACCGAUACAUCGAUGACGAUAAACUUCUAGAGCUUUGCAGCAAGAGAUUUCCACUGGGCAGCUAUCGACUGAGCUGGAAAUUCAAUAAAUGGUACCUCGAUGCGCCUGAUUGGCUUGACGAGGCAAGUCGAUCGACAGCUAUCCACCAAGGUGCCAGUCUAUACUAA